CCUUGCGUGGUUCUCUUUCCUCCUCCGGCCGCCGACGGGUGUGAUGUGCCACCGCCGCUGCCCCCGCCAGCGCUGACUGACUGACUGGGGGCGCCGCCCGCGCCCAGGACCGACCCCGCUGCUCACCGCCGCGCCUCUGAGCUCUCUAUCAAUAUCAGCUCACAUCAUUGAAAAGAUAAUUUUGAAGACAUGUUUUGCUGAAAAGACAACUGAGAAAAAUUUUACGAAUGGGAUGAACAUGCUCCAGUUAAUUGACUACCUACUGCAAUUUGAAUGUUAACAUUACCCAUCUGGUACAGUUACCUAGUGAUGUACCUGUUUUCACAAUACCCUGUUUCAGUGUGCUUGUCUUGAUUAAAGAAUUCAAAGUGGAGUACCGCAAACUUGAUAUGGAAAAUAAAAAGAAAGACAAGGACAAAUCAGAUGAUAGAAUGGCACGACCUAGUGGUCGAUCGGGGCACAACACUCGAGGAACUGGGUCUUCAUCGUCUGGAGUUUUAAUGGUUGGACCUAACUUUAGAGUUGGAAAAAAAAUUGGAUGUGGCAAUUUUGGAGAAUUACGAUUAGGGAAAAAUUUAUACACAAAUGAAUAUGUGGCAAUUAAGCUGGAGCCCAUGAAAUCCAGAGCACCACAGCUACAUUUGGAAUACAGAUUCUAUAAGCAGUUAGGAUCUGGAGAUGGUAUACCUCAAGUUUACUAUUUUGGCCCUUGUGGUAAAUACAAUGCUAUGGUGCUGGAACUGCUGGGACCUAGUUUGGAAGACUUGUUUGACUUGUGUGACAGAACAUUUUCUCUUAAAACAGUUCUCAUGAUAGCUAUACAACUGAUUUCUCGCAUGGAAUAUGUCCAUUCAAAGAACUUGAUAUACAGAGAUGUAAAACCUGAGAACUUCUUAAUAGGACGACCAGGAAACAAAACCCAGCAAGUUAUUCAUAUUAUAGAUUUUGGUUUGGCAAAGGAAUAUAUUGAUCCAGAGACAAAGAAACACAUACCUUACAGAGAACACAAGAGCCUUACAGGAACAGCUAGAUAUAUGAGCAUAAACACACAUUUAGGAAAAGAACAAAGUAGAAGAGAUGAUUUAGAAGCUUUAGGUCAUAUGUUCAUGUAUUUUCUGAGAGGCAGUCUUCCUUGGCAAGGCUUAAAGGCUGAUACAUUAAAGGAGAGGUAUCAGAAAAUUGGAGAUACAAAACGAGCUACACCAAUAGAAGUGUUAUGUGAAAAUUUUCCAGAAGAAAUGGCAACAUAUCUUCGUUAUGUAAGAAGGCUAGAUUUUUUUGAAAAACCAGACUAUGACUACUUAAGAAAGCUUUUUACUGACUUGUUUGAUCGAAAAGGAUAUAUGUUUGAUUAUGAAUAUGACUGGAUUGGUAAACAGUUGCCUACUCCAGUGGGUGCAGUUCAGCAAGAUCCUGCUCUGUCAUCAAACAGAGAAGCACAUCAACACAGAGAUAAGAUGCAACAAUCCAAAAACCAGUCGGCAGACCACAGGGCAACUUGGGACUCCCAGCAGGCAAAUCCCCACCAUUUGAGAGCUCACCUUGCAGCAGACAGACAUGGUGGCUCGGUACAGGUUGUAAGUUCUACAAAUGGAGAGUUAAACACAGAUGAUCCCACUGCAGGACGUUCAAAUGCACCCAUCACAGCCCCUACUGAAGUAGAAGUGAUGGAUGAAACCAACUGCCAGAAAGUGUUGAACAUGUGGUGCUGCUGUUUUUUCAAACGAAGGAAAAGGAAAACUAUACAGCGCCACAAAUGACUCUGGACACAGACAGAUCCUGGGGAGUUACUUACACGUUCAUCUGCUGUCUUGUGAUUAAAAUCAUCUCUGUAGUGACCACAUAUAUUUUCAAGGACUCACUCUUAGAAACAAAAAUGUCAUACUUUCAUACUUCAUUUUGUGGUUGUCUUACAUUCAUUUUUUUUCUAAUUUAACUUUUAUGGAAGCUUUAAAGUUUUGUCAAAACAUGAGUGCUUUGCCCAUCAAAUGAAUGGAAUGGACAAUGAGGUGGUAUUGAGGAAUACAGUUCCAUAGAACAUUUUUCAGAAGUUCUUCUGUUAUAGAAAGCAGUACAGUAUCUUAAAUGUCAACCAGUUUAUACCGAAUCUGGUUUUUUACAACUUCUGUAAGAGCAUAAUCAAAAAGGAAUAUUUUUUUUCUCAGCGGAUAAUACAACAGAGAAAAGAAAGUUGCCCAAAUAUUUAAAAGAAAUUAUUCCUUGAGAAGUUCAUAUUUUGUGACAUCUGCAUUGAUUUCAGUAUUACUGAUGGUACUGUUAUUCAUAAGUCAUAUUAACAUUCUCUCUGUGAAAUCAUGGUACAGUCACUGCCCAGAGGUACUGAGGAAAAAGCAAUAUGGGUUCAGCAGAUGGUAGUGGUAAAAUGAAUCUUAAGUAGUGCAGUAAAUAUGUGCUCUGCUUUUGUUGCACCACUAUGUGAAGUACUGUGUUGCAGAAGUGGCAAAAGCGCUUAUUUUUUAAAAUGCAAAAUAUUUGUAUAAUGUAACUUUAUGCUUCCAAAUAAUAAUGUAUGUUAGACAGCAAGAAAUGAAUACUUUAAGAAGUGAUAUAUGUUGGAGUUAUAAAGAAAUACACUAAGGAGAAGUAGUAAAUGUGAACCUUUUUGCAAGGUAUAUGGUGGAAGCCUAAAGAAAUCUCACUGAAACCUACUGCUGAAUGAUUACAUUCUCCCGUAAGCAGAAAACUUUGGAUGUGCCAUGCAUUGGUGUCUGUGUAAUUAUUUUGCUCUUUGAUAAAAAAACAAAAGGACCCCCAGCAAUAAAAAGUGGGUCACUCUAUGCCCUCUGUGCACAUUAGUCUCUUAUAUUCAACUUUGCUGAUUCUCUGGAAUUUUCCUACUCUUUAGCUUAAUUUUGAUGGUUGAAAAAUAUUUUGGAAAGGAUGGGUCAGGUGCUUUGCCUCCAUAGUCUUUUGAAGUGCCUGCAUAUAAACAAACAAAAAAAUUCUGUUAAAAAGGAAGCCCACUUCACUUUUCAAGUCUGCUUUGUUUUAAGCCAUAAAGACACACAUGUACUUUUGUCACAUUUUACUAGCCAGAAUUUUCAAGAAGGAUUAAAACAAAAAUACUGGCUAGAAAGAUAAUUAUUUUGAACAAAUCUCAUGUUCAUCUUUCAUUUAUAAAAUUGUUACUUAUUCCUUUCAUGCAGUCUCUUCGUUGUCUUUAAGUGUAUGCCUCCAGGCAUGCUUAUUUAUUUUUAUUGUCUCAAGGUAACAUUUAAGAUGUAUAUUAAAGUAAAUAUAUCUACUUUUUUUAUUUCAUUAUUGCAUUUACAGGGAUUUAAUCGUACUUUGUAAUUUAUUUUUCUUAUUAGCCAAAAGUUUAAUGCAUUGCUUUUGGUGAAUUAGGCACCCACAUGAACAUCCCAAAUCAGGACAUUGUUUAUCAUUGUUGCUAUGAAUCCUAUGAAUGAUCUUUUUUGAUUUUAAAGACAUACACUUAACCUAGAAAACAUUUGCUGUAUAAUUUGGUCAACAGUUUCCAUUCUGCCUAUCUGUAUACUGUCAUGAUGUCUUAAACUGCAGGAGUUACAUACUGAGUUUUUAUUUUAUUUGCUUUGAGCAAGGAAGAUGGAUGUUUUGGCCAUUAUAAUGUGAAACCACUUCUUUCUUUACAGUAUUUGACCAAAUUUGUGUGUCUGAUAUUUGUAAAUACAUGCGAUAUCUGUAUUUCUUAUCAUAAGCCUAUUUAGUUUUAUUCUCAGUAGGGUUUUUUGGAUUGUACAGUGUUUAUAUGAUCUGAACUCCUUAUACAUAAGAAGGUGUGUAUAUUAAUCCAAUUAUGGACUUAAAAUAUUUUAAAACUAUAAAUACCCUUAUUUGCUGCAAAGACCAGUGUGUAGACAUUUGCUUUUUAGCAAUAUUUUUAAGUGCUCCAUUUUAAUGCCAAGGAAUAAGUCUUUUGGCAACACAAACUGGUCAAUAAUAGGUAAUGCAGGUAUGUUCAGGUUAAGCCAACAAUGUUUGCAUUUUUAUGCUUAUUUUCUGUCAACACUAAUGAAGUCAACAUUGCCUGAAUGUCUGAAUAAUGAAACACAUCCCUGUUUAAAAGUAUGUAACUGAAAAAGAAAUAAAAAAAAUAAACGUAGUUUUUUUUAAA